AUGGCUUCCACACAGGUGCUCCUGCUUCAGCUGCUGCUGGUCUCACUGGCGGCUGCGUCUCAUUACUACGGGGGAACCGCGACCUUCACCUACAAAGGGAGAAACCCUGAUGGAACAUUUAAGGUGGACAUUCGCAACAGAGACACUUACGAUGGCUGUCGGUACUUCCUCAACUGGAACUGUUACAAUGGUCACUGUGGCAGCAAUGUCAGAGUUCCUCAGAACUGCCCACGGACAUACAGGCUGAUGUCCUUUGAUCCUGAUGGUGACCAAGUUAGAUGCAGAUAUGGAAAUGUGAGAGGUACAGAGUGCUGGGGGUGCAACCAACCUUCAGGCUUCCACUUAGAUCAGGACUCCUGCACAUUACACUACCGCUACACCCAAGCCCACAUCUAUGUUUAUGCAUUUGAGUUGAUGGUGGAAGACUUCCCACGACGCCCCAUCACACUGACCUACACAGACGGUUCCAGUUCCUCCAGCACCAGCCACAACCCAUCACCCAUGGUGGUGGUGGUGGCAUUCUACACCCGCAGCACCAACCACAACUCCAACCUCACACCCAUGGAGGUGGUGGUGGCAUUCUACACCUGCAGCACCAAUCACAACCCCAGGGUGGUGGCAGCAGCAAUCUACAACCACAACUCCAACCCCUACCUCACACCCAUGGUGGUGGUGGUGGCAUUCUACACCCGCUGCACCAACCACAACCCCAGGGUGGUGGCAGCAGCAAUCUACAACCACAACUCCAACCCCAACCUCACACCCAUGGUGGUGGUGGUGGCAUUCUACACCCGCUGCACCAACCACAACUCCAACCUCACACCCAUGGAGGUGGUGGUGGCAUUCUACACCUGCGGGUGGUGGCAGCAGCAAUCUACACCUGCUGCACCAACCACAGCCUACCCAUCAUACACUACAACAAGAAGACGCCCCUAUGCCUCCACUCCUCCUCUCAGCAAACUACCUUUACAAUUCUCUUUUCUUGUGGACCCACCUGCUCCCUCAUGUCAGGAAGGAGCGUACCUGCCAAUGCUUGUGAAACCAACACCCCAACAUGGAGAACGCGUCCAUGCACAGGUCAACAAAGAAGUGGAGAUCAGAGUGAAAGCAUAUGCUAGAUACUCAACACUACAUGACAUCAUCAUUAGUGGGCCGACGAACACCACUAAGCACAGGAACACACAUGACGAGUAUGUUAUUAGGUGGACGCCAGUUCCAGAGGACUUGGGAGAAUAUUUUCCCAUUUGCUUUGCUGUUGAAUCAUUCACAGGGUCCGGUGUCUAUCAGUCUGAGAUGAGGUGUGUUGUGGUGCACGUUAUGAAGGAGGAAGUUAAAACCAACGUGAUCUGCGGUGAGUCCACAAUGACAGUUGAGGUUGAGAAAUCCUCACUGUCUGGAUUCCAUGAGGAUCAUCUGCAGCUCAGUGAUCCCACCAACACAGCCUGCAGCCUUGAUAACCACUCAAACAGCACACAUGUCAUCGCUGUCAUCCCCCUCAACGCCUGCGGCACUCAGCUCGAGGAGGAUGAUGAGAACCUCAUUUUUAAGAAUGAAAUCACCACGACCGACGACCACAGAGACCUGAUCACCAGGAAACACCUGCUGGAAGUGGAGUUCUACUGCCAGUACCCCAAACGGCAAAAUAUGACACUGGGCUUCACUGCACACAGGAGGAACAUCACAGUGUGGGAUAAGGGCUUCGGCACGUUCACCUACCAGUUUGAGUUCUACCAAAACAAUCAAUUCCAGACAAGGAUGGAUCCAAGCUCAUACCCUCUUGAGUAUGAUGUAGGGAGCAGGAUCUACAUGGAGAUUGAGGCCUCCUCUUCAGUCAACAACACCGAGCUGUUUGUAGAGUCCUGCUGGGCUGCACCAUAUGACAACCCCAACUACUGGCCAACCUACCCCAUCAUUGAGAAUGGGUGUCAAGUGGACGAGACUGUGAAAAUCCAUUCCUCUGACAAUCCGACACAAUUCAGGUUCUGCAUGGAGGCCUUCAAGUUCAUUGGACUGCAUGACCAGGUGUACAUCAGCUGCUCAGUCAUGGUGUGUGAAGCAGGGAACCCCAACACCAGGUGCUCACGGGGAUGUGUCAACUCCACACGGUCAGGCGGUCAUCACCAUCGCAAGAGAGAGGCUGUUUUCCAGAGUGCAAACCACUUUGUUUCCCAGGGGCCACUGCGCAUCAGGAGAUCAGCAGAGGACCGGACCAACCUGAACCUGAACCUAAACCUGGUCUUCAUCGCUGGAUGUCUUCUAGCAGCAGUUGGCAUGAUCUGUGCUGUGGUCAUGUACAAAACCAAAACAUCAAUGGUCAAAUACCAACCUUUGCCUGUAUUUGAAGACUAG